GCACAGUUUUCAGUCGAUCGUUAAGGUGAACAGUUGUCAGUGCAAUACGAUCUUUCGUUCCCGAGCGAUUGUAUCUCUCUCAAUCGCAUCGUUCCGAUUUUAAGUCAAUUACGACUCAUCGGAUUUGUUUGUUAUAUUUUAUUAAAAGUGAAAUCUGAAUAAAUUUACGAAGUCGAAAACAUGUGUGAAUUUUUAAUAAAAUUUUAAGACAAUUUAAUUCGAACAAAUCUAUUUUAAUUUGUGAUACUUUCGUUAACUUUAAGUGAAUUUAGUAAUAAAAAAACUAAUUAGAGAAAAUGGUUUCGACAUCUCUACAACAACUCAUCACGCGAUGUUUCAUUCUGCCUCAAAGAGUGGUUUCGGCAUUGAUGGCUUUUUCAGCUGUUGCCUUAGCUUAUAUGCUUCGAAUAUCGUUGUCAUACGCUAUAACCCAAAUGGUAUACAAUCCGCAUGCACAUGAAAACGGUUCGGUUAUUGAAAAUCCAGAUGUUUGUCCACCGUAUGAAGAUGAAUUGAUUGCAAUUGAAAAUGAUCAGCCAAUACCAACAGUUGUAUCGAUAUCGACCGAACGAUAUGAUUGGUCGCAAGAGCUUCAAGGUGUAAUACUCUCCGCAUUUUAUUGGGGGUACAUUACAACGCAUAUACCUGGCGGAGUGCUGUCAGCUAAAGUGGGUGGAAAAUAUACACUUUUACUUGGAGUUGUGGUCGCCACCGUUUUUACACUUCUCACACCAAUCGCAGUUAAAAACGGUGGCUCAACGGUAUUAAUUAUUUUCCGAGUCAUCGUUGGAAUGGGCGAAGGCAUUAUAUUCCCAUCGUGUAAUACUUUACUAGCGGCGUGGACACCGCUAAAAGAAAGAAGUAUUACGGCAACGGUUGUCUAUUCUGGCGGAAUGCUGGGCAGCAUUUUCGGUUCAUCAAUUUCUGGUUUACUCAUUAGCAAUUAUGGUUGGACAUCGGUAUUCUAUUGGUUUGGUGGUGCUGCCGUGAUUUGGUGCGUAAUUUUUUAUUUUAUUUGUUACAAUAACCCUGAGAGUCAUCCAUUUAUAACGAAAAGGGAAAAAGACUAUUUGAGCCGUGAGCUGGGCGAAUUAAAGCGUCGUGAUGACUUACCAACGCCAUGGCGGAAAUUAUUUACAUCUCCAGCUGUAAUUGCAUUAAUAUUUGCACAAAUUGGCCACAAUUGGGGCUUAUUCAUUAUAAUAAAUGAUCUGCCAAAGUACAUGAAUGACGUGCUACGAUUUUCAAUCAAGAAAAAUGGCAUGUACACUUCAUUACCGUAUGUUGUGCUAUGGAUUGUUGCACUUUGUACGGGAUUUUUAAGUGAUUUUCUUAUCAAACGACGAUAUUUAGGAAUAACUUUUUCAAGAAAAUUAUUUACGUCAAUCGCCGCCAUUGGACCCGGUGUAUUCGUUGUUUUGGCCUCAUACGCUGGAUGCAAUCGCAUUGCUGUUGUUGCAAUGUUUACGCUUGGCAUGGGAUUCAUGGGAACGUUCUAUAGUGGUAUUAAAGCGAACAGUUUGGAUAUCGCUCCAAAUUAUGCCGGGAUAAUUAUGGCGAUUGCAAAUGGAACAGGAAGCUUAGCUGGCGUUAUCGGGCCAUACAUUGUUGGACUACUUACUCCAAAUUCAUACUUAACCGAAUGGCGAAUUGUCUUUUGGAUAACUUUCGUUCUUUUUGUGGUCACCACAAUUUUAUACGAUAUAUUUGCAUCGGGCGAAAUUCAGCCUUGGAACGAGCCGCCGAAUUCGAAUCAACAAAAUUUCAAGACAAAUGGUACAAGCAAUGGAAAAGCAACGAACUAUGCUGAGAGAAGCAUUUGAAGAUUAUAAAUUUAGGUAUAUUUAAAUGAGAGUUAAGUGCAUAGUGCAUAGCUGUAAAAAUAUUAAAAGAUUAAUGUAUUAAAAUAAAUUGUUUUUUUUUAUUAGUGCAA